AUUCAAGCUACCUCUGAUGGCAGUCUCACUUGAUGCUGUAGGCUGAGUGUUCAACCAUCCGCCUGGCGACAUAGCAGCCUUUUUUUUCAAACUUUUGCACUGCGAGUACAUUACGCACACGUGUACACAAAUUCACGCUCGCAUCAAAACAGGGGCAGCCACAACUGUUUCUUCUUGACAUGUCUUCACGCCGCCGCAGACCACCCGGCAGCGUCGUGCCUGGGAGCGGGGCGGGGGCCAACUUGCAAAAUGUCCAGCCCCAAAGCGCGUCUCAGGGCUACUCUCAAGUGGUGCCUCAAGAUCCUUCGUUUGAGCCAGCUCAGAACCAGUACCCCCCGUAUCAGGUGCCACCUUACUUUCCUCCUCAGGGGGCCCCGACGGAAGGUAGCCAGUUGCCCCACGGCAGUCCCAGCGGUCGAGCUGCGUCGCAGUUGCCCUACUCGUCUCAAUCCUCGGGCUAUCACUACCCAUUGCCCGACCAAAUCCCAAGUGCCGACUCGCUCGCCCAGCCCGGCGUCCAGCCAGACACCUACUAUCAACAACACCCAGCCCCGCAGCCCUCUGCCGCCUACAGUGGCUCACAAUGUACCGAGUUGCAAAUGCCAUCGUACUCGGUAGAGCACAUCAGAUUGACCCUCGGCGCCAUUCCACAGUCGAACGAGCUCUUAAAUAGCUCCAACCUGCCUUUGGGAAUAGUCAUUCAGCCAUUUUCGGAAGCGGUCCCUAUUGAAACGAUUGACGCCUCGGGAUCGACCAUCUUGCGGUGCCGCCAUUGUCGCGCCUACAUCAAUCCGUUCGUUAGGAUUUUGGAAAGGGGGCGUCGCUGGCAGUGCUGCAUCUGCGAUUACUACAACAACCUCCCAGACGACUACUUUUUGCAAGAUGGCCCGCUGCCGAGCGACGGGCCUGCCCAACUUGACCAGAUGACCCAACACUUGGAGUUGAAUUCCUGCGUUGUGGAAUACCUGACUCCGGCCUCCUACGUGACGCGGCCCCCUAUUCCGCCCACCUACUUGUUUCUCAUAGACGUGUCCUAUUACUCCGUUUCGACUGGCGUCUUGCAGCUCGUUUCGGACACCCUGAUACGGCUGAUCGAUAAGCUGCCGGGCGGCUCGAGGACGAAGAUCUGCAUCGUGGCCUUCGACAGCAAACUUAUGUAUUUUGACUUUUCUGGCAAGUCCGCAUCGAUGUUGGUACACACGAACGUCCACGACAUCUUCAUACCGCCCGGAUACCGCUUCUUGGUUGAAUGCAGCGAAAACUACCAGGCGAUUGUGGAUCUGUUGAAGUUGAUCCCAGAGAUGUUCCAAGACACAAGAGACGUCCAGUCGUGCCUCGGGACGGCGCUCAACGUGGCCCGCACGAUCAUGAAGCCGAUUGGCGGCAAAAUGCUCGUUUUCACCGGCUUGAUGCCCACCUCUGCCUCCAGCGACGAGAUGCUCGGACCCGGGCGUCUCGUCAAUCGGUUCGAUCCAAAAAGUACCGAAAAAAAUCAGGAAAGCGUUCUCAUUCGUCCUCAGCCCGAUGGCAAGUGGUAUCGCGAGUUCGCGGUCGACUGCACCAAGGACCAAAUAUCGAUUGACUUGUUUUUAUUCGACCAGAAAAAUUACAUCGACGUCGCCACUUUGUCUCAGCUUUCGACCCACACCGGCGGACAGGUGUACUACUACCCCGAAUGGAAACCCUCGACAUCCUCAGAAAAAUUUUGUAAAGACCUGGAGCACAACUUGCUAAGGACCACGGCCUGGGAAGCGGUUAUGCGCGUUCGCUGUUCCCAUGGCAUUCGAAUCCUGACCUACCUGGGUAACUUGUUCAUGCGAAACACAGAUUUGAUUGCCAUAUGCACUCUCGACCCGGAAAAGGCGUACGGACUUCGUCUUGCACUGAAAAAAAACCUCACCAACAUCGAACGCGUCUAUAUUCAAUCGGCUCUGCUCUAUUCGAACUCCGCCGGAGAGCGCAGGGUCCGAGUCAUCACCAUCACGGUUCCUACCGCGAGCACGUUGACCGAUGUCUUCAGGUACGCCGAUUGCGAGGCCAUUGUCACCCUGCUCGGCAAGCUGGCCAUCGACAAGCUGCCAAUGACGACCCUGCCCGCCACUUUCGAAUCCCUCACGUCCCUGUGCGCGAAGGUGAUGUCUGCCACCCAACACACACACAUGAACAAAUGGACAGAGCUCCCAGAAAGCCUGGCUGCAUUCCCUCUUCUCAUUUUGGCACUUCUGAAAACGCACGCUCUGAGAACCAGUUUCGUUCACCCAGAUCUGAGAUCCAGCACGAUUUCCGUUCUCCAGCGCAUAUCCACCGACUCGUUCAUCCAAUAUUUGUAUCCUAUGUUGUACCAGAUUUACCCGCUGGCUCCAGAAUUUGGCCUGGCGUCCCAGGAGACCCAGGCGGUCGUCUUGCCCCCCACGCUCAACUUGACUUGCACCAACGUCAACAAGAAGUGCAUUUACCUCCUCUGCGACGGCCAAGAGAUCCUCGUCUGGUUCGGCAGCGAGGUCCCGGAAGACCUGGUCGAGCACUUGCUCGGCGUCAUGAACGCCCGGUCGCCCGGCUCGAAAUACGUCUCCUUGCGCUCGAGCGAGUUGGCGGACGUGACCGACCGCAUCCGAAACAUCCUGGACGAGCUGUGGAGACAAAAGCCCUACUUCCAAAAGGCAACGUUCGUCACCGAGUCGAUGCCCAUGUCGAGCAAGCUGUUCGACGCCCUCUUGGAGGACCGGACCAGGGGAUUGCCCUCCUACCACGAAUUCAUCAGAAGCCUCGGCGACCGAUCCAGCAAGACGUAGAGGCUCGAAGGAGCGAAAAAGCCGUUACUGUGCAUAUUGAAAACACACAAAACAAUGUGUCAAAUCUGAUGUCCACGCCCAUUCUGGGCGCUUGCGAAAUGCGGGCGGGUUUCUGGAGCCACUUCAUAAAAUCGCUGCGCUCGAUAGCUGACGCGGAAUUGCCGUCUCGAUGGCUCGCAAAGCGG